UCUCCAUCGUCUUUCAUCUCCAUCUAUCUCUCGCCUCGAGGAGCUCUCAACAGUGACUAUAAAACCGUUCAAUACCUUCAGUCCUUCCUUCGUCUUCAAUGGAACAGCAAUUAACUUUAGUGUUGUUGCCAAAAGACGCCUCCUCCUCUCGAACCUUCCUCAAAUUCUUCCUCUACUUCUUCCUCGUCGCCAUCGCUUACUAUUUCUUCAUCUCCCUUGAUUCGCCGCCGCUAUCUCCUUCCGGUGACGCUUCAUCGUCAAAGUGUGAUCUUUUCACUGGGGAGUGGAUACCUGACCCUUCGGGUCCUCUCUACACCAACCUCUCAUGUCAUCACAUUCAAGAUUUUCAGAACUGUAUGUUGAAUGGAAGGCCAGAUGUGAACUAUCUCUUCUGGAGAUGGAAGCCUAGUGGCUGUGACCUCCCUAAGUUCAACCCAUCUCAGUUUCUUGAGAGAGUGAGGAACAAAUGGUGGGCUUUCAUUGGUGAUUCCAUUGCUAGUAACCACGUCCAGUCUCUCAUCUGCAUUCUCUCUCAGGUAGAAGAAAUGGUGGAGAUUUACCACGAUAAGGAGUUCAGAUCCAAGGUUUGGAGAUUCCCUUCACACAACUUCACACUCUCUAUCGUCUGGUCUCCUUUCCUUGUCAAGUCCGAAACACUUGACGGCAGCUCUGAGAUCCAGCUUUACCUCGACCGUCUCGACCACAAAUGGACUCACCAAUACUCCAACUUCGACUACGUUGUCAUCUCCGGAGGCAAAUGGUUUCUCAAAGAAACGAUAUUCCACGAGAACAACACAGUCACAGGCUGCCAUUACUGCCAUGGUAAAUACAAUCUAACCGACUUCGGGUACGAUUACUCCUACCGCAAAACCCUGAAGCUACUUCGGAGCUUUGUCCAAAGCUCAACUCACAAACCUCUGGUUCUGUUCCGGACCACAACACCUGACCAUUUCGAAUACGGAGAGUGGAACACUGGUGGGUAUUGCAACAGGACGAUGCCCUUUAAAGAAGACGAGGCAAAGUUGAAAACUGUUGAUGAUGUGAUGCGUGAGGUUGAGCUUGAUGUGUUUCAGAAUUUUCGAGAAGGUUCGAUCAAAUUUAGACUGUUGGACACGACAGGGAUGUCUCUUCUCCGACCAGAUGGGCAUCCGGGACCGUACAGGCAUCCGCAUCCUUUUGCUGGAGUGAAACACAGAAGCAGUGUUCAGAAUGAUUGUCUGCAUUGGUGCUUACCCGGUCCAAUUGAUUCAUGGAAUGAUGUUAUGGUGGAGACCAUACUUAACCGGUAACCGGUUUAUAUCCAUUCCCACUUGCUCGUGUAUAUGGUACUUGUGUAUUUUUCAAUUUUCUAAUGGUCUUGGAAGAAUAAUGGAUGUGAUAUAUAAUGCAGCAAUGUUUUAUUUCUUUAACUGAAAACCUUAAUAAAAAAGUGGAAACUAAAACGACUACGGCAAAGUCAUCGU